UACAAAAUCCUCCAUCAUAGCCAAAUUCCACUCUUGCUGCAGACAAGGACACUACCGAACAUCAGGAGACUGGAGGAGGCACAGACACCAUGGCAACUACCUCAACUCAGAAUGUGGAGUUUGUGCGGACCGGCUAUGGCAAGAAUCUGGUCAAGGUGCUGUAUAUCAGACGAGAGGGAACUCACCACUACAUCACUGAGCUGACGGCUAAUGUGGAGCUCACCCUCAAGUCCCGCAAGGACUACUUGACCGGUGACAACUCGGACAUCAUCCCUACUGACACUGUCAAGAACACUGUCCAUGCACUGGCUAAGCUGAAGGGAGUUUUGACCAUAGAGCAGUUCGCCAUGGACAUCAGCAAACAUUUCCUGACAGCUUUCAAUCAUGUGACCAGGGUAAAUGUGAAGAUUGAGGAGGCACCAUGGAGGAGACUGGAGAAGAAUGGUGUCGAGCAUGCACAUGCAUUCAUCUACAGCCCUGAAUCCUGGCGCUUCUGUGAAGUCGAACAGAAUCACAAUG